GCGACCGGUGGCACUGAAUUGGAAGAUGGCUGCGGUGGAACGUCCGCCAGUAAAGGAAGGAGUCCGGAUCGCACUCCUCUGUCUCUGCUGGUACACGGUCAGCUCCGGGGGCAACGUUGUAAACAAAAUUAUUUUAAAUGGAUUCCCUCGUCCUGUCACCGUUUCGCUCUUUCACAUUUUCUCCAUCGUCCUCUUCCUCCCUCCGUUGCUGCGGGCAUGGGGAGUCCCCAAAACUGAACUGUCUAGCAGAUACUACCGAUGGUAUAUUCUGCCUUUAGCUUUUGGAAAAUACUUUGCGUCUGUGUCCGCUCACUUCAGUAUAUGGAAGGUUCCAGUUUCCUACGCUCACACAGUCAAGGCCACAAUGCCAAUAUGGGUUGUCUUACUCUCACGAAUCAUCAUGAAGGAGAAGCAGACAACAAAGGUGUAUGUGUCUCUCAUCCCCAUUAUCGGGGGUGUGCUUCUGGCCACAGUGACUGAGUUGUCCUUUGAUUUGUCUGGACUGGUUAGUGCCCUAGCUGCCACCUUGUGCUUCUCUUUGCAAAAUAUAUUCUCCAAAAAGGUGCUGCGGGACUCACGGAUACACCACCUGCGGCUCCUCAACGUUCUCGGCUUCAAUGCCAUGCUGUUCAUGGUGCCCACCUGGGUGCUGGUCGACUUGUCUGCAUUCCUGGUGGAUGGGGAUUUGGCUGAUGUGUCCAACUGGUCUGGAACGUUGUUGCUCCUCGUGGUGAGCGGUUUCUGCAACUUUGCCCAGAACAUGAUUGCCUUCAGUGUGCUGAACCUGGUCAGCCCCCUCAGUUAUGCUGUGGCCAACGCUACCAAGAGGAUCAUGGUCAUCAGCAUUUCCCUUCUGAUGCUGCGCAACCCUGUGACUUCCACCAACCUGCUGGGCAUGCUGACGGCCAUUCUAGGAGUCUUCUGCUACAAUAAGGCUAAGUUUGAUGCUAACCAGGCAGCCAAAAAGAAGUUGCUGCCAUCGUCCAAGCAGGACUUGAUGUCCUUCGACCAUGUAAGCAUAGGGCUGGAGAAGACGCAGCCCAACGGUACAGUGCCUUUCACCCAGGGUUCGGAUAUUCAGUACGGACGGAGCAACGUGCUCACCGACCACUUCCAGUACAGCCGACAGGCCUACACGAUGGGCUACGGAUCCAACCAUUAUGACGUCUAGGCUGGGACCUGUACUGGGCCAUUGCUACAGUUAAAUGACUUAUAAACAAUACAUGUGUGAAUUGUCUCCAGUGCUGUCGAAGCCUCCUGCGACAGAAACGGGGAAAGCUGUGCUUCUGAGGCAGCGAAAGGAAUGGAAGUACACAGAUGUGAGAAAGGCAGUAUGUCUUGACAAGCCCCCUAACAGUCCUCUCAGACUCUUUAAGAAAAAAUUUAAAUUUAAGAAAAAAGCAUUUGCUUUUUGAUGCGAAGAAUGUUUCUGUGCUGAAAAAAGAAUGUUUCAGCGGUGAGGUUACUAACUAAUCUGUAUCACUGCAGUGUUUUAACACCAUAGUUUCCAGUUCAACUGAAAGACAUAUUUGUUUAUUUGUUGCAAGAUGUAAAUUGAGAUUAAUGCUCCUACUUGUAACUGUCACCUUGGGUUUGCAGAUGUUUUUCAUUUCUUUCUUUUAUUCAGUAGUUUAUUGAUAUCAUGGAAAUCUAC